CUGAGAUACAUACAUAUAUAUACUUCCAGCGUCCAUAUGGGCAGAAUAUGUGAAGGAGCUAGCAUCGGACAAGUUGGAUUGCAGAUACACAGAUUGAUCAAGGAGUAGCCACACAAGUUGGCCCAUCGAUCCACCAUGACCAGCUCGGAAAUCCUCUGUGAACGACCGAAGUGGAUAUAUAAUAAUCAAUGGCGUGGAGCCUAGGAUCUCAGCGCCAAGAAAUCGUGUCACACAAUGGACACGCUCAUCAGCCACCACCUCAUUCGCGAUUGAUCAGCAAACUGGAGGAAUCUGAUGGAACAUUAUUAUGCCUAAUAGUAGCAACCUGCAAACUCGUCAGCAGUGCCUGCAAUUUCCAUGUGUUUCUAUUAAGUGAUGAUGGUUUUACCCACAAAGAAAUCACUGAGUUGGUGGCUGGCACAAUGGUGGUUGCUAUUUGCUACCCCUAUAUACUUCUGAAAUGGCACGAAUUGAUCUUCCCGAACUUGACACCCUUGAAGUCGUGGGUCGCAUGGCGUCCUAACGUCAGGAUUUUCAGAGACACAGGCGUUCUUGUGAUUAUUUCCUACCUGCUAUUGCUGGACAUCAAUUGGAGAUUCCUCUUACUUGCCAUCUUUCCUAUUAUGGCCAUUACUUUCAUAGGAGCACUGUACUUUAAGCUCAAUCGUUGUACUGGCGACAUUGGUCGUAAAGUUACUCCACAAUCUUCUAUGGUCGAUGAGAAUACCAUCAUCAAGACACCUAUGGAGCUGGAGAUCAUAGUGGUGGUGACGUUCGGGGCGCUGUUGGUGAUGGAUCAACUUGACGAUGGUGCAGCUAUGGGCUUCGCCAUCACACAGUUUCUCUUGUUCCUGAGCUCCACUGUGGCGGCAUUGACGCGCAUGAUGAUGAAGCUGCCUACUGAUCCUUUUCCGGGCAGUGCACCGGCGUCAGAGUUGCUCCACAAGACCUUGCUUCUACUUCUACUGGUGACGGCACACACAUUGGCCGCGGAGUGGCUGGGCGAGGAUGUGGUUCUGUUCUGCAUGCCGGAGGUUGUUCCGGUGCUCCUCUGGUACAGCCUUCACCUCGACCGCCCACACCACCACCCACUCAUCAGCGUCGACAAAAUGAAGCCACGCAUGAAGGGGCUCAUUGCCCUAUCUACACUGGUGGUAUUUCCUCUUUUCGCAUACAUGGUGAACUCCAUGGAUGUUUCUGGGCUCUCCUGGUGCACGAGGAUCAUGGUGUCAUGUGGCGUCUCAGGGGUUCUGACCUACUACCUUGUGUUCAUGCUACGCUACUGGCAUUGGCCGUGGAAAAGAGAAGCAGCAGCCGCUGGCCGCAGCAAGGACGAUGUGGUUUCCUCCGGCAUGCUCAAGUUUUUGGCAAAUGUUUUACUCAUAACGGCGGCAUUGCUGCUGCUGCUAAGGUAUAUGGUUUCUGUCCGGCUUGGUCUGCAACCAUCAUUGGUUGGUAUGCUACAUUUAAAUUCGCAACGACUAAGCUAGUACUUCUACUGUAUCGUAAUUGUUGGAUGUGUCUCUCUGUACUACUAUAGUACACCAAUUUUUAACCUAGUUUAGCCUCCACAGUGAUGCAGAAGCACUUGUUGGCCGUUGAAUUCUUCCAUAGGAUGAAUUACCGCCGUUUAUCAACGUUGAACCCAACUGAUCAAAUGGUCGUUGUUUCUGGGAUUCGCUUGGCAGGCCGCACGCCAAAA